CUCAAAAAUACAGAGCUGACUCACGAUAAAAUAUUCAGUCAUUAUCUUUAGAUUAGCUGCACAUUAUCACUGAUAAUUGCCGAUAGAAAUACCGGAAUAUAAUCCUUUAGUUUCGUGUAUUUGGUUCAGGAUGGCCGUUACCCGCCGUGGUUAUAUUUUUGGUGCAUUCGUUUCUGGCGUUUCAAGUGUUUUAUUGGUAGUUGUAGCAUUGGCUAGUGAUAGUUGGGUGGUAUCAACAGCGACAGUGACAGGCCAGCAGGCGGCAAGCAGCAUAAGAUAUGGCUUGUUCAGAGGAGAGCUCACUUUGCGAGAAUUCGUCACACCCAACGUGAAUACAUUGUAUAUGACAUGUGUAGCUGAUAUGAAUGCAUGUGCUGUGAGCUGCAAGACGGAUCGUGAAUCCAGAUUACAGGAGGUACGAGCUUUGGCCAAUGGCUACCGACCUUCAGCUACCUGUAUCGGAACCACCGAAGUUGACACCGCCAACCCAUUGGAUACUCCACCGGUGAUCUCCUUCGCGUUCUAUGUCUGCCUGAUAAUUGGGCUUGCCAUUGAGCUGGUGUUGGGCGUAGCAGAGGCUGGCUUGGCAAUCUUGAACGCUACUAAAAAUCCCACUGAACCGAUAUUCGGGUUACCUGGAUGCUUUUGGACCAACGUAGCGGCAGCCUUGGUUGGAAUAACAGUGAUGUUAAUGUUCGGCAUAUACUGGCUUACUUCAGGACUGAAUGAGCAUCUUGCUUUUUCAUUCAUCGCUUUGGGACUAUACACACCAGGACCAGGUCUUGGAUAUUCUUAUUGGUUAUUACUUGGUGCCUGUCUCUGCCACAUUGCCAACGUAGCUCUCCUUCAGACAAGAGCGUAUCUCUUGGAGAGGGAUCCACCACCGCCAAUCAUUGACGUCCAGAACCAUUCCGAUGGAACCAUAUUCUUGUACUAACCUAAUAAAUAAUAAAUACUCUUUUAUUUGAAAGAAAUUGUUAAGAAGAAGACAUAGUAUUAUAUAAUGAUGUCUAUGUGACAACACUACGCUUGUGUUAUUAUGAAAAUUGAAUUAUUUAAAAAAAGAAUGUUUCCUUAAUUCGAUUCCUUGAAAGAAAUAUCCUUCCAAUAUAAAAUAAUGCGUUAUAUGCCUAUAAGUGUCCACUGCUGAUCAAAGGCCUCUUCUCACACGGAGAAGGUUUGAGCAUUAAUCACCACGCUUGCUCAAGUCGGAUUGGCGAUUUCAAACUUACUUUUAUAAUUUCUAAUUUUAAGUCCAGGUUUCCUCACGGUGUUUUCCUUCAUCGUAUGUUGGUGGUGUCUAAAU